AUGCGUGAGCUCCAGCGUCAACCAUCAGAUCAAGAAUCUUGCACUUCCGCGUCGCAAUCAUCGAUCAUGCCACCGCGACAAAUGCGCUCUGCUGCAGAUCUCAUUGGUGAUAUCUACAGCGUCCCCUCUCAAUCCUUCAACUCUGACAUGCGCGCUCAGCCUCUCACGUUCCGCUCACAAGCGCCAGAAUUGCCGCUUAGAAAAGUUAGCCCCGGAACCGUUACGCCUCAGCUGCAAGGCACACUCGCUGGGUCUGAACUAUGA